UAAACCAAUUAAUAAAAUAGCCUGUUUGGACUAAAAAUAAUUGUUGUCUUAGAAUACGUGAAUUCGACACUGCUAGAAAAUCCCUGCCAUCUGACGUAGAAGGAUUUAUAGGUUUAGUGGAAAUUGCUUUCCCCACUGUCCAGAUUAAAUACUGCAGGAUGAUUUUUUGUAUGAGUAAACAUCCUUCCAAUAACGAUCAGACCGAUAAUGUCUUAAAAAGAGAAACAGGAUCUACAUUUAGGUUUUCUUUUUCUUGUAUGGACUAUUUCUGGAUACAAGACCUUCAGGUAACAUGUUGACUGUCCAUAAAAUGCGUUUUAGCAUCUUCCUCCUGCUGUGGGGAUGGAUUUUAUCCACUGAAUGCAGAACCCACCGACAAGGCAAAGAAAUACAUGAGGUAUACAAAAAAGGCAGCCGGCCGCAGCGGCAGAGGCGGGAGGCCCACGGCGAGGUGCACAAGCAAGGCAGCCCAAUCUUAAAACGAAGCCCUGACAUCACCAAAUCUCCCCUGACGAAGUCAGAGCAGCUGCUGCGAAUAGAUGACCAUGACUUCAGCAUGAGACCAGGUUUUGGAGGCCCUGCAAUUCCUGUUGGGGUGGAUGUCCAAGUUGAAAGUCUGGACAGCAUUUCUGAGGUGGACAUGGACUUCACCAUGACGCUUUAUCUGAGGCACUACUGGAAAGACGAGAGGUUGUCCUUCCCCAGCACCAACAACCAGAGCAUGACCUUUGAUGGCAGACUGGUGAAGAAGAUCUGGGUGCCUGACAUGUUCUUUGUCCACUCCAAGCGUUCCUUCAUCCACGACACCACCACAGACAAUGUCAUGCUGCGGGUCCAGCCAGAUGGGAAGGUACUUUAUAGCCUCAGAGUUACAGUAACAGCAAUGUGCAACAUGGAUUUUAGUCGCUUUCCCCUGGAUACCCAAACAUGUUCCCUGGAGAUUGAAAGCUAUGCCUACACUGAAGAUGACCUCAUGCUCUACUGGAAGAAUGGGAAUGAUUCCCUUAAAACAGAUGAGAGGAUAUCACUGUCCCAGUUCCUGAUUCAGGAGUUUCACACCACCACAAAGCUUGCCUUUUACAGCAGCACAGGGUGGUACAAUCGCCUCUAUAUAAACUUCACGUUACGCCGACACAUCUUCUUCUUCCUGCUCCAAACCUACUUCCCUGCCACUCUCAUGGUCAUGUUGUCCUGGGUGUCCUUCUGGAUUGACCGACGAGCAGUUCCUGCCAGAGUCCCGUUAGGGAUAACUACUGUGCUGACCAUGUCCACGAUCAUCACUGGGGUGAAUGCCUCCAUGCCUCGUGUUUCCUACAUCAAAGCAGUGGACAUUUACCUGUGGGUCAGUUUUGUGUUUGUCUUCCUCUCGGUGUUGGAAUACGCAGCUGUGAAUUACCUGACAACGGUGCAAGAGCGGAAGGAGAGGAAACUGCGGGACAAGCCUGCCUGUGCAUGCAGCCUACCUCAGCCCCGGCCCAUGAUGGUGGACGGCAGCUACAACGACGGGGACGUGAACGAGCUGGGGCACUUCAUGUCCGAGGACGGGGACAAACAGGACCGGAUGAUGGUGCAGCUGGCACUGGGCUCGGAGAGGGGCUCGGCCAGGAGGAAAAACCAGAGAUAUGUCAGCAUGCGGAUCGACACCCAUGCCAUCGACAAGUACUCCAGGAUAAUAUUCCCUGGGGCAUACAUUCUGUUUAAUUUGAUAUACUGGUCCAUUUUUUCAUAAAGAUUCAUAACCUCUCUAGUCACAGAGCAUUGUGACAUUAAAUGAAAGUACAGUCUCAUAGGCUAACAGAAAGAAAAGAGAGAAUU